AUGCGACAAUACCGGCGCUGCACUUGGUUGCGUCGUGACUUAUUGUUGCAGUGACGCACCUUUACACUUUAUUUGAGUGAUUGAAUAAUACAUAGAACAAAAACAAGAGUGUAUCUAGAAAUAAAUGAAUUCUCUGUUAACGUCAUGUUUGCUAUGCAACUAUACAAAUUGUUUGUUACCGGUGUGUUUAAUAGGCAAUUAGAUUGUGGUGUGACGCGGGCGCGGCCAGCAUAACGCACGCGCGUGCGUGCCUGACGUGGGACGCUGCAGCGAUAGCCUCUGUGGCCACCGGGGCUCUCGGUCAGAUAUAAAGCUAUUUAGCUAUCUUAUCGAGAGAUCAUCUGCAACAACCAGAGUCAUCCACUGAGAUAGCGACCCAAACAUAACAUCGAUGACCCGAUACCGGCCGCCGCGCCGCAGCACCGAAAUGCCACUCAAUCAUUAGCAGGUACGGCACAAUUUCUCCACGCGAAUGUCACGCCAAUGAACGCGUCGCGGCGCUCGUCGGAGCCCAAUUCUCCCAAUAAUCCGACGCCAAUCAAGUAUAUAGAUCACGAGAUUGUUCGCGGCGGUUCGGUGAUCGUGUCGUGAGAACGAUAAGACACAGGCGAGCAGGUGGUUCCCUCCCCGGCCAUGGCUAACUGUUCCACCAUCACCAACGGAGCGAGCCGACCGCGCCACCGCGCAGUCCCGACACACCGGCGCACCACGCCUGCCGCACUCAGCUCUCCACACCACCACCGCUACCGAAUUGUUUGCAAGUUGCGCGGGAAAAGCUACCGGCGACGCUUGUCUUGCGCUUUCGGACUUACGCAGUGGCAGUGAAGAUACUACAAUAUCUGACGCAUUCCUAAAUAGUGAUUAUUUGUUUAAUCGGAUAACUAAUCCGAAUUGUUGGGCGUAUUUUUUAUUUGUACGAGUAAGGUAAUCGGGGCAGAUAGCAUUAACGGUUGGCUCCGCGCUCGAGUGUGGCAGACCGCAAGCAUGACGAGCGCCGGCGACUGCGCUCUCGUGCUCCUCCUACUGUUCCGAGCAGCAUUCGCACAAGACUACGAUGUGACGGAUAUUCAGUGCACAUUUGCGAGUGGAGGUACAGGUUUACGGGACUCUGUCGCAGCUUUGUUGAGGAAACCAGAAGGGUUCCGAGGUGCACCCUUAUUCGCUGAUGACCGAGCCACGGAUCCUGUCGCAGAUCCUGUAUGUCAAAUAAGACCAGAACCCGAAGAUCCAACUGGAUUACUCUAUAGGCUACGGAUCACAGAUUUCACAAGAUGUGGCGUGCUCAAACGAAACGGGUUUGUCCACGUGCGAGUAUGGUUCCCGCAAUUCCCAGGCGUGGUUAUGCAGUCAGAUCAAGAGCUGAUAAUAAUGUGCAAGCCUCCAGAACCGACCAUCAUUGAAAACAAGGCCGCGGGGUUCGCUGGCAGUUUUCCUCACGGCGCGAGAGUGUCGGGAGUGGUGGAAGAGACUCCAGGGCGCUUGGAGUACGAGGUGGCGCUGUACAAGGAGGCGCCGCCCGUCACCAGACAUAACAACCACUCCGUUGACUUGCCUGUUGAUCAGGUAACUGGUGCGGUACCAAUCGGCACGAAGCUCCAGUUGCGCGCGCGCAUCAACCCAGACUCGGCGUGGCGGCACAUCAAACUGCUGGAGGUAGCCGUCUCGCCUGACCCUGAUCGACCACACGCGCCCGGCGCCGUGCUGCUCGUCAAAGAUGGUUGUCGAAAUCGAGACUUCGCCUCGAUAAUCCCGCACCAGCCAGCUCGCUACCGAGAGAGACAUAACGAGGUCUUCCUAGACUUCGAAGCAUUCCUACUCGCUUCCAUGAAGGAACGGUCUACGCUUUGGAUCCACUCACAAAUCAAGGCUUGCAUGGACGCUGCUGACUGUCAACCGGACUACUGCUUGGACUUAUUUGAACCAUCAGGUCACGGUCGUCGACGAAGAUCGCUGGCUGAGGGUUCCCACAGUCACAACAUCACGAGUUCGGCAUUAGUGGCUGACAACUCUACGACUCCAUUCACACGGUUUAAAGAGAACUUGGAAUACUCAGUAGUGAUGCCGGGGGAGCUGUUCCAUAGAACUCCUAUAGAGGCCACGUGCGCCACCUCCAUGAUGGUCGCUGUUGCUUUGGGAGCUCUCCUGUUCAUGUCUGCUUUGCUAAUGUGCUACUUAGCAACGAAAUUGAACUCUACGAUGCUGAAGAACAGCAGUCUACAGUCACCAUCAGGGAAGGGAUUCGAGCAGAUCUUGCGGGAGUUGGCGCAUCACUCAUUACCAGAUACUGGGUACACUGGACGACCAACCGUCCAGUGAUCAUAGACUAAGCAUUUAAAAAAAAACUGUGAAAAACUCAUCGGUUUAUCUAUUUCCUUGAAUAGGUGAUCGAUUUUUCCCAAUAGCAUUUAAGUAGGUAGUAGGUAUAGUUUUUUAAUAAGUUUUUCCACUCUCUGUAAGCAGUUUAUGUAUGUAGGUACAUCUGCUUUUACUAAAAUGUUUGAAUGAGCUAAGAAUUUAAUGCUGGUUGUAAUAUUUCGUAAGUUAAAUCUAACUAAUAGGAAAAGAAUCUCAAUAAAAGGUAAUUGCAGCCUGCAUAAUUGUAAAAAACACGUAACGCUCAGCAAAAACAAUUAAAUUAUUUUUUAGCAAUAAUAGGGCAUUAGCAUGGACGCCGCAAAUUUUAAGAGUCCAGGAACAUUUUAGUUUCUUUGAACCAGAAUUUCAAAUGACCUUGCACUGAUAGGAACAACAAGAAUUUUAAGGAUAGUACAUCCUGUUAUGUACCUACUGUUACGUGAAUUUAAUAAUUAGUUAAAUUAAUUUAAUUUAUUACUUAUGACUGAAAAAUCGCAAGUUGAUAUCUUUGCAGAUAACUUGGUAAUUUUUUCAGUCAUGACUGUCACAUGAAUAGUAUUAAUAAUUUAAUUUUAUAAUAAUUUAUUUCCGAGAAGAAUUAUUAUGUAAGUGUAAAUUAAGUUGAAAUAAAAGAAAAUAAGUUUUAA